AAAAAUUCUGUACUUUUUCGGGAUUUUCAAUUUUAGCAUAAUCUUUAAUUUUUUCAAUCAAAUAUGUGUAUUAUAUAAUUUGUUGCACUGUUGGUCCGUCGUCAAUCGGUGUUGAAGUUAGCCGUUAAGAUGCUAAUGUCGAAUGCACGGUGUCAACCUCCUAUCUGAUGUGUUAUCUUAUAAGGAUGACGUGUUAUCCACAUUAUUAAGCACGAGAGAAUGAUGUGUUAUCCUUUGCCUUUUGAACUCUCUGCCAAACGUCGACGGCUAUCGCCAUCGAGAUUAGCACUCGUGGGGCAGAAACCCCACCCUUGACUUGGCGCCAUCGAAGACCACUCGAAAACUUUACUGCUAGAUGAUAUCGAUGAUGGACACCUCGCUCUUAGUCCCGGCAAAAGCGAAGCAGAAGGUCCCCUUGGUGUCCCCGCCGGCGUUGGGCGGUCCGCGGAGGCACCCCAGUUUGGGAACGACGAUGCCUGCUCGGCCUUCCUUUCCCACAGUGGCACUACCAUUUGCGACUCCUAUGUUCACAUCGCAAUGACCCUCGAUUCCCACUACCUUUGUGGCUUCGUCGCCGCCAUCUUCUCCCUCCUCAAACAUGCCUCCUGUCCCAAAUCUCUCUUCUUCCACUUCGUUGCCUCCGCUGGCCCCUCCUCUGACCUCCACCGCACCGUUCGCUCUGUUUUCCCUUCUCUCCGCUUCAAGAUCUAUCCAUUCUGGGAGAAAUUGGUCUGCGGCCUUAUCUCCGUCUCUGUGCGGGAGGCCUUGGAGAACCCCCUCAACUACGCCCGUAGCUACCUCGCCGACCUCCUCGAGCCCUGCAUCGAGCGAGUUAUCUACCUCGACUCUGAUUUCAUUAUCGUCGACGACAUCCGCCGCCUCUGGGAGAUGUGCCUCCUGGAGGCGGUUGUGACGUCUCAUCGAAAUACUGCCAUGCCAACUUUAGUCGCUACUUCAUGGAGUUUUGGGAGAGCUGGGAUGGGCAGCGGGUUUUCUACGGGCGGCGGAGGCCGUCGUGCUACGUUAAUAUUGGGGUGAUGGUGAUGGACCUAGCACGGUGGCGGGUCGGGGAGUAUCGCCAGAAGAUCGAGCCCUAGAUGAAGGUGCAAAGAAUGAGGUGGAUC